CACAUUUGACUGACAGAGAGAGAAAGAGAGAGAGAGUGUGUGUGGAGCUUAACCUGAGACCUGGACAGAAAAUGCCUAUAUUUUCUAACUUAACGACUAUUGUCUUGUUGCUGAUUGCUCACUGCGGAUCUUGGAUUCUGGCUAACCGCUUGGGCCCCUACAAGGGUUGUCCCUCCUGUAGAGAAUCUUUGGGGGCAGGUCGGGCCCCCCGGGACCAUAUUGGACAAGCAGGCAGCACAUCCAUGUUGGCCCAAGGAGAGCCCUGUGGUGUGUACACCAUGAGCUGUGCCAAGGGGCUGCGCUGCGUGCCCCCUCCUCAGGAACACAGCCCGCUCCAGGCGCUGCUGCAGGGCAGGGGCUUCUGCACCAAGCACAGCAGGACCAGUCCCACGGAGAGGCCCCACCCCACAGGUCCACAUCCUUCACAAAGUGGUGAAAUAGAAAAGGCACCCUGCCGUAAGCUGCUCAAUAGUGUUCUGCGGGGUAUUGAGCUCACUAUCUUUCAGUCUGAUCGUGACAUCUAUAUCCCCAACUGUGACACUCGGGGCUUCUACAGGAAAAAGCAGUGUCGCUCCUCCAAGGGUAUGCAGCGUGGCCACUGUUGGUGUGUGGAUGAGCUGGGUACCACCUUGCCCUCACGUGCAAGCGAAGACGGCACUUUACCAUGCGAUGGAGAGUGAGAUGCGAUGGAGAGUGGUCCUUGUCCCAAAACUUUGAGCCGAGAGGAGGGGGAGUAAGGGGAGGAGGAGGUGGUGGAGGCAGA